AUGGAGAAACCUUCGGGCUGCACUCUUGUUGACACUGUUCCUGCUUUAUCGGCGCUUAUAGACUCCCUCAAGGGCCUACCAAGAGAACCGCCAUCAAUAUACAUCGACCUUGAAGGAGUCAACCUCUCCAGACACGGCACCAUCUCCAUAUUGCAGCUUUAUAUCCAUCCCACAAAAAUGGUUUACCUCAUCGAUGUCCUCGUCCUUGAAGAGAAAUGCUUUUCAACACCGGGGACAACAGGCCGCCUUACGCUGAGAGAUAUCUUGGAGUCAAAGACCAAUCCCAAGGUUUUUUUCGAUGUCCGCAACGACUCAGAUGCUCUUUACAGCCACUUCCAAAUCAAACUAGCCGGUGUAAUCGACCUCCAGCUCUGGGAGCUGGCUGCUCGGCCUUUCGCCGGAAAGUUUGUCAAGGGACUAGCAAAGUGCAUUGAAUGCGACUCCUCUCUUUCAGACAGCGAGAAGCUCGAGUUUCUGCAGACCAAGGAGAAGGGCAAAACACUCUUCAGCCCAGAGCACGGAGGAUGUUACGAGGUGUUUAAUGAACGUCCUCUUAGCAAAGACAUCCAGGAAUAUUGUGCCCAGGAUGUAUAUCUUCUCCCUGACUUGCUGAAAUGGUAUACCCGCACGACUGACCCGAGAUGGGAGAAGAGAGUGGCCGAGGCUUCACAGCUUAGAGUUGCACAGUCCCAGAGGGAGGAUUAUAAUGGCAAAGGAGGAUAUAUGACCUUGGCUCCGGCUGAGUGGUACUACAAGAGGCAAAAGUAUGCGUCUUGGAUGUGA